AUGCCAAAGAGUGUUAUUCUAGAUCAUGAUGGAGGCCAUGACGAUAUUGUGGCCCUCACGCUGCUGCUCGCUCACCCAGAGAAGGCGAAUGUGAUUGGUUGUAUCGUUACAGAUGCUGAUUGCUUCGCAACUGACGCAUUUAACGUUACCGGCAAAAUUAUGUCUUUGUUCCAUAAGCAUAAAAAUGUACCUCUUUUCCCUAUUGGGAAAUCCUCUUUUAAGGGAGUGAAUCCUUUUCCGAAGGAGUGGCGAUGCCAUGCGAAGAAUAUGGAUGAUUUACCUUGUUUGAACAUACCAGAAUAUAGUCAAUUUUGGGAUAAAGUUAAGGUACAAAACGAGAAUCUUGUUGGUGAACAGUUAUUAGCCGAUCUGGUAAUGAAUUCCCCUGAUAAAGUAACGAUUUGUGCAACGGGUCCACUCUCUAAUGUGGCUUGGUGUAUUGAAAAGUAUGGAGAGCGAUUCACAGAUAAGGUGGAGGAAUGUGUGAUCAUGGGUGGUGCUGUGGAUGUUGGCGGUAAUGUCUUUCAGCCGGGCACAGACGGUACGGCGGAGUGGAAUAUUUACUGGGACCCCGCUGCGGCUAAAGUGGUCCUGCGCUGCCCAAAGAUGCGCAAUAUUCUUUUCUCUCUCGACUCCACAAAUGAUGUGCCGGUGCAUUCCGGUAUUGUGCAGCGCUUUGGGGCACAGAACUCAUUUAUUCUCUCGCAGUUCGUUGGCUCCGCUUGGGCCAUGUGCACACACUACGAGUUGUUGCGCCCAGGCGAUGGCUACUUUGCGUGGGAUGUUCUCACCGCAGCAUUCACACUGGACAACAGUUUGGCACAACUCGAGGAGAUUGCCUUGGAUGUGGAAACCGAAAAGAAUGGAAAUGAAGGACGUACAUUUCGUUUGACAGAUGGGAAAGAAGGUCCACGUACAUUUGUUGCAAAGAACGUGAAGGCAGAACUUUUCUACGAAAUGGUUUUAUCGAGUGCCCGUUUGUUUUAA